AGGGCUUUGCUGGGUGGCACUGGUGCCAAGUGGAGUGGCCUGGGUACACAGGGCUGGACCUGGUGGURCCAGGCUGCAGUGGGAGACAGCUGGCAGGGGUGAUGGGGCUGGGAGCUGCCCAGCUGCAGCAGAGCCGUGUGCCGGCAUCGGCUGCUCAUGCAGGGACUGGCAGGGAGGGGAGGAAGCACAGGAAAUCUCGCAAUGGCUGUAUGGUCAGCACUGGGUUUCCUGUUCCUCCCGGGGAGCCAGAGCUGCACCAGGUCCAGACCGCGCCAGUCCCGGCCCCAGAAGGACGCCAGCAGCAGCCUCACAACGAAGACCUCGCAACAGACGUAGACUUCCCCUGGCUGGACAGUGGUGCCAUGGGCUUCGGGCCGGAGCUGUGGUGUCCGCAGGGGCACAGUGCACUGCUGCGGCUGCAGGACGGGGAGCUGCGCCUCCUGGAGCUGAUGAAGAAAUGGAUGGCACAGCGGGCCAAGAGCGACCGGGAGUAUGCAGGGAUGCUGCACCACAUGCUCUCCCAGCUGGAAAAGCAGGAGGGCACCGGACAGCUCUGCAGUGGUGGUCAGAUCGAGAAGUCCUGGUGGGUGCUGGUGAGCCGGACUGAGACGCUGAGCCAGAUCCUGCGGCGGCACGCGGAGGAGCUGGCGGCGGGGCCGCUGGCCAAGCUGAGCCUGCUCAUCCGCGACAAGCAGCAGCUGCGCAAGGCCUUCAGCGAGCAGUGGCAGCAGCUCAGCCACGAGUACAGCCGGACAACGCAGCAGGAGAUGGAGAAGCUGAAGGCACAGUACCGCAGCCUGGCGCGUGACAGUGCCCAAGCCAAGCGCAAGUACCAGGAGGCCAGCAAAGGUGCCAGCCCGGCCCCUGUCCCAUGUGUGCCCUCCCAGCUUCCCUCAUGGGUCAAGGAUGGCAGGAACACCCCACACUCUGCAGAAGCUACAGCCCAGCCUGGAGCCGAUGGGGAUUCUGGGGGUGGGCAGCAUAGAGGAGAACACAGUUGGGCCUCCAAAAAGUCAGGCAAAAGUCUGGGGGCCGUGGGACACCAUGCUGUGGAUCAGGAGCAUCCCGUGUCACAGUGUAACCACCYCAGGCUUAGUCCCCCUGUCUGCCCUGGGAUCCUUUCCCAACCCUCACCCCCUGCCCCCUGCCCCAGUGCUGAGAYGGGCGAUGUGCUGGCAGUUGGGGUUUUCCACAGGCUCUCUCCACAGACAAAGAGCGGGACAAGGCAAAGGAGAAAUACGUGCGCAGUCUCUGGAAGCUCUACGCCCUGCACAACCAGUACGUGCUGGCUGUGCAGGCGGCUGCAUUGCACCACCAGCACCACUACCAGCGGGUGUUGCCCAGCCUGCAUCAGUCCCUCUACAGUCUGCAGCAGGAGAUGGUCCUCAUCCUGUAAGASCCCUGCCUCCCCCAUUGCCCAUCCYGUGCCCCACUGCCCUGCUGCCAGCCCUGCACCCCACUGCAAAUCCUUGGGCACUCCCAGGGCCCCCCAGAACCAGCAGUGCUCCCACAGAAAGGAGAUCCUCCGGGAGUACUGCAGCAUCAGCAGCCUGGUACAGGAGGAUAUGUUGGCCAUGCACCAGGAGAUUGCCAGUGCGAUCCAGACCAUCGACCCUGCCACUGAGUACAGGAGCUUCAUCCAGAGCCACCAGUAUGACUCGGAGGUGCCACCAACUGUGUCCUUUGAUGAGAGCCUGCUGGAGGACACAGAGAACCUGGUGGCAGGGGAGCUGCAGCUGAAUGAGCUGACCCUUGAGAGUGUCCAGCACUGCCUGACAUCGGUUGAGGAGGAGUUGGUGUCCGCCAUGGAGGCCGUGAGUAUCAAGGAGCAGAGGAUGCGGGAGCUGAAGGCAGAGAUCCAGGACGAAGAGCAGGGCCGGAGCCCCGGGGAGCGGGUGCAUUUGUUGGGCAGGCGGCAGGGGCUGCACGAGGCGCAGCAGCAGCUCGAGGGCUGCCUCUGUACCCAGGCCAAGCUGCAGGCACAGCGGGACCUGCUGGCCGGGAAGCUGGCGGAGCUGGGGGUUAGGGACCCUCUGCCCCCCCUGCCUCUGCCAGAGGAUCGGCGAUCCACCUCCUCCACAGAGCAGGAGCGGAGCGGGGCCAGUGCACUGGAGACCCUCAAGAACCACAUCACGGGCAUCUUCAGCCCAAAGUACUCGCUGCCACCCCCUGUGCCCCUAAUCCCAGAUGUGCAGAAGCCACUGUGCCAGCAGGUCUGGUACCACGGGGCCAUCCCACGUUCGGAGGUACAGGAGCUGCUGACCUGCAGUGGGGACUUCCUGGUGCGGGAGAGCCAGGGCAAGCAGGAGUAUGUGCUCAGUGUGCUGUGGGAUGGGCAGCCCCGACACUUCAUCAUCCAAGCCAUCAAUGACAUGUUUCGGCUGGAGGGUGACAGCUUCCCUACCAUUCCACUGCUCAUCCAGCACCUCCUGCAGAGCCAGCAGCCCAUCACCCGCAAGAGUGGCAUCAUCCUGGCCAGGGCCGUGCCCAAGGACAAAUGGGUGCUCAACCAUGAGGAUGUGCUGCUGGGGGAGCGCAUUGGCCGGGGUAACUUUGGGGAGGUGUUCAGCGGCCGCCUGCGUGCUGACAACACCCCCGUUGCUGUGAAAUCCUGCCGGGAAACCCUUCCUCCUGAGCUCAAAGCCAAGUUCCUGCAGGAAGCCAGGAUUCUCAAGCAGUAUAGGCACCCCAACAUCGUGCGGCUCAUCGGUGUCUGCACACAGAAACAGCCCAUUUACAUUGUCAUGGAGCUGGUGCAGGGGGGGGACUUCCUGACCUUCCUGCGCAGUGAGGGGCCCCACCUCCGGGUGAAGGAGCUGCUCAAGAUGACAGAGAAUGCUGCUGCYGGCAUGGAGUACUUGGAGAGCAAGCACUGCAUCCAUAGGGACCUGGCCGCUCGCAACUGCCURGUGACGGAAAGGAACACCCUGAAGAUCAGUGAUUUCGGGAUGUCACGGGAGGAGGAGGAUGGCAUCUAUGCCUCCACAGGGGGGAUGAAGCAAAUCCCUGUCAAGUGGACGGCCCCUGAAGCACUCAAUUAUGGUCGAUACAGYUCAGAGAGCGAUGUCUGGAGCUUUGGGAUCCUGCUGUGGGAAGCCUUUAGCCUGGGUGCUGUCCCCUAUACCAACCUCAGCAACCAACAGACACGGGAAGCAGUGGAGCAGGGUAUGCGGCUGGACCCCCCUGAACAGUGCCCUGAGGAGGUGUACCAGCUGAUGCAGCGCUGCUGGGAGUAUGAACCCCACAAACGGCCCAGCUUCAGCACCAUCCACCAGGAUCUCAUUGCCAUCCGCAAGAGGCACCGGUGACAAGGAGUGCGAGUGGCCCUGGAUCCGUCCCAUGGCAAUGCCUGGAGGCACAGCAGAGGCCUGUCUGGGCAGCAGAUACUGUGGGGUGGCUGUGGGUGCUUGUGCCCCUUUCCCAGCCCCAGGGCAGGGCUCCUGCAUGUCCCAGGGUGGGACAUGGCACCUACAGCUCCUGUCCCACUUCAUCUCGCAUAAUAAACACUCGAGCUCUGCAGCUGCGCCUCUAGGAGCUGUGAGGGGAUGCGGACGUGCACUGUGCUGGGAUGGGGCAUUGGGACAUGGCAUUGGGACAGGACACCCGGRUGGGGCGGUGGGAUAGAGCCCCAUAAUGAUGCACCAGCACAGGACACUGACAGGGCACACCGGGACACGGCGCAUCGGGAUAGGGCACCGAGAUGAAGCACCACGAUGGGGCACCAGGACGGGGCGCGCAUAGGUGAGGAACUGGCCUGCGGAGUACUGAGACACGGCACUGGGACAGGGGACUGGAACGGGACACUGGGACAGGGCACCGGGACAGGGACCUACGACAGCGUAUGGGGAUGGGACACCGGGAUGGGRCACACCGGGACAGGCAUCUCGACUCGGCUCUGGGAUUCGCGCGGU